AUGAGCCAAAAGGUCGAGAUUUCGGUGGCCUCGUUUGUGGAUCUGUCCAAGUCGACCGUUUACCUGACGUCUUGUAAAUGCGAGGCUCCCGCGCCAGCGACGUCUGGUCGACCUGGGGCCACACCCCCUUGUGGUCAUCCCUUGGCUUCCUGGAAAGCCUACUCGAAGCAUCUUUGUAGCAAACACGUAAAUCGUAAAAAUUGGAAUGGGACAAAAAGCUAUCGCUGCAAGGCCACUCGAUGUAGUGCGAAUGCGCUCACCUCGUACAAGAUGAUGAAGACUCACAUCGAGGCUACCCACAUGAAGACUGUACCUCUGGUAUGCCCAAUGGUCGCUUGCCGGCCACUACCCUCAGAUGUCGGACGCGCUGCAAGAUUGAACGUCUUCUACAAGGAACGGGACCUCGUGUCGCAUUUGCAUGAAGUUCACGGGGAAUUGGUGGGACAGAUGGUUGACCCUGAAUUGCUGCUUCCUUCCUAUCGCCCCAAACGACCUGCUACACUCGAGCCUCCUCCACCCCUUCCAAAUUCUCCCUUGAUUCCCUGGCCCUCCUUCAGACUCGAUCUGUACCCUUCCCUUACUCCCAGGAGCGCUUUCCACCUGCGAAAUGGACAUGUAUCGCAAGAGGAUGAUGGUAGGGCCACGCCUAUGCGUCGAACUCAGUCGCCCUCGCCACAGCCUACCCCGUCGUCCUCCCUAAACACCCCGAAUCGCAACAAACGUCUGCUGAGUCGGACGGCAACGGAAAUGGAGAGCAUUUAUGAAGAAUCGAGGGUGUUUAGUCUUGACGACUUGCCUCCUGUUGCCUGGAAAGCGCAGGACAAUCGUAUGGAUCCAGUGGAGGCUGCCGAGGCACCGUUCUUUGUCGUCCAGCCUCUGCUAUCGAUGGUUGAUUUGGUGAGACCGUUGGAUUUGCCGACGGACAGAGAGUACAAGGACCCACCGAGGAGCAUCUUCCACGAGGCAUUGACGAAGCAGGUUAUGGCCAAGUCUGCUCGCGGAGAAGGCUAA